GCGGCUGGGGGCGAGUCAGGCAGCCCGGGCCGAGGUCCGCGAGUCCUCUCCGGGGCGUAAAAACUUAACCCGCUUGUAAAAACUUGUUUGGGGUGAAAACUAAGAGGGUAUUUGGCAUCUUACUUCCUUUGCUUCCUGGUGUUCGGCCAGGUACGUGCUGCACAACCACUUCUCCCGGUUCGGAUUUAUUUUCUGACUUCUGACUGUUGAUAAGGAAGGAGAACGCUUGAAAUCUGGCAUGACUCCACCCCGUUUAGCGGUCCGCUGUCUUUGUCUUAAAUCCCAACUGGCGGAUAACUUGCAAAAGCUGAUCUGUAAAGGACAGGUUGUCUGUUUGCGUUGGUCUUCACCAAUUCGAAUGAUAAGGGGGGUGGGUAGUACCAAAUGUCCCACAAACAGCUGAACCACCAGAGCAUCUCGGGAGCACAAAUAUCUCCAGUGAUUGGGCUUCAGUGUCACUUGAUAAUGCAUGUGGGCUCCAGUAGUUGCCCCCGCUUCACAAUUGCUUGGUAGGAUAACAAAUGCCAAUUACAGUAGUACAGUUUGUGCCUCUGUCGUGAUGGGCUUGUUACUUGCUUAAUUCCUUGUGUUCCAGGGAAAAGAAAAGAUAGAUCUUAACAGAACAAUAGGUUUUCUCCCCUGAUUGCAAAUGCCAAACUGUAAAAGGUACUGGCGUUGUGCAGGGAAAAAAAGGCUCUGUUAACGGGUGCCUUCUCUUACAUUAGUGGAGGUCUGCGUUGGGCAUUAUGGUCAGAUUCCUUCUUGGAUAACACGUAAGUCUUAGGGCUUUUUAGGUUGAAGGAAAAAUCAAAACAAACAGAAGGCUGUAACUUCCACAAAUCAAGCACAGUUUUAUAUGUUCCUCCAAAUAAAUGCUGCUGUUGUGGUAUUCCUACCACAUUGACCCUCCUAGCAAACCAGGCUGUUUGAGUUUUCUUGUUUCUCAGUAGCCCUCAGGGAAGGCUCAGGAAGCUUAGUCCCAUCUGAACCUAUGUACUCUUUCAAUCUCUGCAUCGUCCUGUAGCAACAAAUUUUGCUAGACUUCGUGUGAAAUGUUUAUAUCGUCAGGAGUCUCUAUUCUAGCAUAGGAAAGAGUGAAUAAUUUUCCCCAUCAGGUUUCUCUGAACUGUUAAUGACUCUACAUGUAUUCAUAAUGUUAUUCUUCCUCUUUCCACCCGUCAUCUCCCUUUCUUGCAUCUGUGCUCAAUGGAACCAUCUUUCUUUCUCUUUCUGUAUCUGCUGUCUGUGCCUGUGCUCCCCUCUCCUGCCUCCCCAGGGUAACCAGAAAUGUAGUAGAGCCUGCGAGAUGCAACUGCAAACCGCCUUUGAAGAGUGAGUGAACAGUGACUAGUCCAACUGCCAAUUUGGAGUCCAAUCAAUAAGGACUUUAAAUUGUCUUACCUAAUUCUAUACAGUUACUGCGCUGUUACAGUAUUUACUCACAGUGCGUCACUUUGCGUUUACCAAUAUUGAAUAUUUUCUGCCAGAAAUGAUUCAAGAUGCUCUGUUCUUAAGACAUUUUAGCCAUGACUAAGAGAGAGGCAGAGGAGCUGAUAGAAAUAGAAAUUGAUGGAACUGAGAAACAGGAAUGCACUGAAGAAAGCAUUGUUGAGCAAACCUACACCACAGCAGAAUUUGUGAGUCAAGCUAUUGACAUCAAUGAACCAAUUGGAAAUCUUAAGAAGUUGCUGGAACCCAGACUGCAGUGUUCCUUGGAUGCACAUGAAAUUUGCCUGCAAGAUAUCCAGCUGGACCCAGAUCGAAGCCUUUUUGAUCAAGGAGUAAAAACAGAUGGAACAGUGCAACUCAGUGUGCAAGUAAUAUCUAGGCAAGGGAUAGAGCCCAAGUUAAACAUCCUUGAAAUUGUGAAGCCUGUGGAGACUGUGGAGGUAGUGAUUGAUCCAGAUGCUCAUCACACAGAGGCUGAAGCUCACCUUGUGGAGGAAGCUCAAGUGAUAACCUUGGAUGGAACAAAACAUAUUACAACAAUUUCAGAUGAAACCUCUGAACAAGUGACACGAUGGGCUGCAGCGUUGGAAGGCUACCGAAAGGAGCAGGAGCGCCUUGGAAUACCCUAUGACCCAGUGCAGUGGUCGACAGACCAGGUGCUCCACUGGGUGGUGUGGGUGAUGAAGGAGUUCAGCAUGACUGACAUUGACCUCAAUGCGCUCAGCAUUCCCGGGCGGGAGCUCUGCAGCCUCAGUCAAGAAGACUUCUUCCAGCGCGUCCCACGGGGAGAAAUCCUCUGGAGCCAUUUGGAGCUUCUUCGAAAGUAUGUGUUGGCUAGCCAAGAACACUCUGGAGAAAUAGCAACUGUUACUAUUGAUCAGCCUGUGCAGAUUAUUCCAGCAUCUGUACAGCCUGCUACCCCAACCACCAUUAAAGUAAUAAACAGCAGUGCAAAGGCAGCUAAAGUACAGAGAGCUCCAAGGAUCUCUGGGGAAGAUAGAAGUUCCCCUGGGAACAGAACAGGAAACAAUGGCCAGAUCCAGUUGUGGCAGUUUUUGUUAGAACUUCUCACAGACAAAGAUGCUCGGGACUGUAUUUCUUGGGUUGGUGAUGAAGGAGAGUUUAAACUGAAUCAGCCUGAACUGGUUGCGCAAAAAUGGGGACAGCGCAAAAACAAACCCACGAUGAACUAUGAGAAGCUUAGUCGGGCUUUGAGGUAUUACUAUGACGGAGACAUGAUCUGCAAAGUGCAAGGCAAGAGGUUUGUGUACAAAUUUGUCUGCGACUUGAAAACUCUCAUUGGCUACAGCGCAGCAGAGUUGAAUCGGUUGGUCACGGAAUGUGAGCAGAAGAAACUAGCCAAGAUGCAGCUCCAUGGGAUUGCGCAGCCAGUUACAGCAGUGGCGCUAGCUACAGCGUCCCUGCAAACAGAGAAAGAUAAUUGAGCACUAGGACCUGAAAGUGGGAGCCUGAGGCCUUUCCUAAAUAACCAGAGCAGUUGCUGCUCUGACCUUUAUCAGAAUCGGAAACUUCUUUUGUUUCUUGACCGUACAAUACAAAGCAUGAUUUUCUAUAAAGAACUGGGACUCGCAUAAAUUUGGAUCUUUUAACAGCGUAUAUUUCAAUGUAAGUUAAGGGAUCACCACAACUUCUGCAACUUUGAGUCAGGGCCUCUGUGGUGUGCAGUCUGAAAUUGGUGAGAAGGGUUGAACUGGUCAGCGCUCUGUGUCCACAGCUGUACAAAGUAAUUUUUGCAGUGCUUUUAACAAAAAUGAAGUACCUGCAGCAAGCAGGCUGAUCGGUUGUCUGAACUCAGUCCUUUCCAGUCUUUUGGUCUCUGCUGAACCACCAAAUGGCAUUUGAUGCUUUCCAAAUUAAACAUGUUCAUUGUUCUCAUUUCAUCACGCAGAGCCGAAAGACACAUUAAACGUUACAAAGCAUCAGGUUCUUAAAACAGCUUCUGUGUUUAUAAGCAAAGGAAACUAAGACUAGACCGAACUGAAGAUCAGUGCUGAAGAAGGAGAUCCAGGUUUCGAUCUGGCUUAGGUGAAAAGCCAAUUAUGAGUAUUUCAUUGUAAUAUGUAGAUAAUAUGCAUCUAUGAGGGCAAGUACUUACCUGUUUCGAAAGACAUUGUUAAUGCUAGCCAUUUAGCAAAAAGCAAAGACAAACUUCUUCCCCCGCUACCACCCCCCAUCAGGUGAUUUGAAAACUUGAAAAAAUAGCCCUCACCCAAAGAGGAGUUUGUUUUGGUGGGGGUUUUUAAUGCUCUGUUCUGCAAGGUGCUUAUACCUGCACGGUAGUCAACCUUAGUAACUGAAGGCUUAAGUUAAUCACAGUCAGUAGUCCCUGUCUAGAAACAAAAUGCAAGUUGAAAAUAGUUUUACAGAGGACUGAAGCUUGAUUUCCAAAUUAUUGUACAGUCUGACAUACAUUAAAAUACAAAGAUAUAUUUUUUAUUUAAAAUCGAUUUCUUUCUGAACUUCAAGUGAUGUUUUUGAAGCUUCAUAAGCCAAAUGCAUGCUCCAGAGCUGGGUGCAAUUUGAAGUCUGGAUGAUGAAUAGAAAUGUUGGAAUGUAUCCUGAAUUCUGAGCUACGGAGAGUACUUCGUGCAAACUUAAACGUGCAGUAAAAAGUAGGCUGCAACUUUUUUGCUUCUGUACUGAUGCCUGUUAGACUGCUUCUUUUGAUGGCUGAAAAUGGUGCGAUUCUGGGUUUGCUUUUGCCCCUUCAUGUUAUUAAACAGUAUAAGUAUUAUGUCACCAUGCAUAUUUUCCAACUUUUCAGAAGUGAAACCCCCUCUGGUAACAUUUAACAAUUAAAACGCAAAUGUGUAAGGGAAAACCUUUAAUUCUGUGAGGGAUCGAGCUACUCUUAAACUUUAAAUCAAAAGUGCUCGUACAGUGAGGUUCUAAACAUAAAAUGUGCUUAUACUGAGUAGCGAGAGCACUGGACUGUUGCUCCUGAUCUGAGACGGAACGGUCACACUUGGCAGGCAGAGGGCAAAGAACACCGAAGACUCACGUUUAUUUUAGAGGUGCAUUGAGGACAAAGCUUUUUGUUCAUAGGUGGAUGUUCAUCUGCAGGUAGUUUUUGCUUAACUAGAAAUCUUGCAUGUAGUUCUAGCCUGCUUUUUUCGUUGUCACCACGAUUAUAACUUUUUUUGCCAGAUUCUUUCAGUAACUCUUAAUAUUGUUUUCAUUCUUGAGCUCUUAAAGCACUCCAUCUACUGAGCAUGCUGGUUUUAUUUUGUUUUUAAAAAAAUCCGAAGCCCUGAGCAAAAUACGUAAAUGCAUCUGUCACGAGAGGUCGUCGGCCAUCAGUCCAUUUAUUACUGUUACAGUAGUCUGAUUCCACCAGUCGGCAAGUGUUCGAGGUGACUUACGCAAAUAGAUGCAGGUUUGCUUACUCAGAAUACGAUGAAGCUGGUAGUUCGGUGGCAGCAACUAUGUGUACAACACCGCUCUGUUACUAAACAAAGUCCAAUACAAGUCAUUAGGUUUAUUUAGCAGAGUUCAUGAGAGGCCUUUUUCGUUGAAAUACAGUAUAAAAAGAAGAGAAGCUUAAAAUAUCAGCUCUCUAGAUCAAACUGGACUGCGGGAGGAUAAACUAACGGCAAAAUUGAAAUGUAGUAUCGAUACUUUAUCCCCCUGAAUGUUCUUGUUACAUGAUAAGCCCUCUAGGGGAAACUUCUGAUACCACAUUUUCUUUGUAAAUACACCCGAUUAUUAUUUUGCAGCUUUUCAGUAGGUAUGGUAGUCCUUUGGGUUCUUUGUUGUGGGAUCAUCUGCUUUUCCACCGUGUUCUAGUUAGUAAAGAAGGAAUCUUUCAAACUGUAAAAAAACUGUCACGUUCUCUGUAGUUGAGGGAGAAAUCUGUGACUAACUUGAUGUCUUCAAUAAAAUAAAAGAUGUAGAACAUUGUCAAAGGUUGUUCUGUUGCUGCCAGAAGGAAAACAUAGAAAGAAUAUUCCCAAUUUUUUGUAAAACGGAAGGUUUUUUGCAUACUUUUUACUCUUUAAAUAAAGACACUUAUACUCUGCUA